AUGCCUAAAGUUGUAUCAAGAAGUAUCGCUUGUUCCGAUACCAAAGAUCAAGAAGAAUAUGGAGACGAAAAACCUCUACAUAUUUACUAUUGUUUGUGUGGUCAAAUGACUUUAAUUCUAGACUGUUCAAUAGAGAAACUUCCUCUGCGAAAAAGAGAUGCAGCUAGAGUGUUAGACGGGACAAAUCAUGCCCACAAAAUAACAUGCGAUCAAGACGAACCUGUACAUAUAAGGAGACCGGAAGGAAUCGAAAAACAGUACAGGUUUAAAUGUAAAAAAUGUGGUUUACUUUUGUAUUAUAAGCACGAACCGCAAAGUCCUAUUAGCUUUAUCGUAAAAGGCUCAUUGAUUAAGAGCACCAACGAGGGGCCUAUCAAUAACAUAUACAAUCAAGUUGCUGUAGAGAAGCCGAAGAAAAUAAUGGUUACGAAGCAUACCAAAAACAUGGGCAAAUUUAGUUCUGUUACAGUAUCUACUAUUGAUGAAGAAGAAGAUGAAAUUGAAGCUAGAGAAGUUGCAGACAGUUAUGCUAAUAAUGCAAGAAUUAUUGAGAAACAAUUGGAGAGAAAAGGAAUGACGAAAAGAAGACAAGACCAAAGUAAAGGAAAUGAUAUGAAAAAAAUAAGGGGAACGUUGAUAGAUAAAUAA